AUGAUCACUGACCCUUUCCCUGUGUCGGAAUUAUUAUUAUGCUCGUUUGCUUCCUACCUCGCUGAUGAGGGUCUGGCGCCCCAGACUGUCAAAACAUACCUUGCAUCUGUUAGGAACACCCAACUGUCUCUUGGUCUACCAGAUCCUCGUGAAGGAUCGUCAUUACCUAUCCUCAAGUGGGCCCAGGCAGGGAUCAGCCGGCUCAGGUUGUUAAAAGGCACUAAAUCUCGAGUCCGAUUGCCCAUUACAAUCCACAUUUUGAGGGCUGUACAGGCACAUUUGCACACGGCCUCAUUCCCAGAUAGAGAGGUUUUUUGGGCGAUCGCUGCUACAGCCUUCUUCGGGUUCUUUCGUCUUGGGGAGUUGAUCCAACCCAGGAACACUCACUGGGACCCAAACCUCCACCUAUCUUGGGGAGACUUCGCCGUCGACAAUCACGACAAACCCCAGAUGGUACAAAUCCACUUGCGUCAAUCAAAAUGUGACCAGUUUGGCCGCGGAGCCGAUGUCAUUGUGGGUCGAACUGAUGACAAAAUAUGCCCUGUUGACGCGAUACUGGCGUACCUCAAACAUCGCAACAAUCACCCCGGCCCGUUCUUUGUCCUCCGUGACGCGACUUCAGCCUCGAAGGAAUGGUUCAUCCAGCGUUUACGGGAGAGUUUGGAGGCAAUAGGUCUCCCUCAAUCCUCCUAUGCUGGCCACAGCUUCCGAAUUGGUGCUGCCACAACAGCCGCUCUUGCAGGGUUGGAGGACUCCAUCAUCCAGAAGAUGGGUCGGUGGAACAGCUCAGCGUAUUUGACAUAUAUUCGCACCCCGAAGGACCAGCUCGCUUCGGUAGCGAAGGCACUAACUAAACCACAAAGGACUGGUUGA